AUGGCCGGUACUGGACGACUCCUGCUGCUGCUAGGGUUGGCCGCGGUGGCCACAGCUGCUCCUCCUGAGGCCGAAAAGAAGUACCAACAGGCCGUCUCUCUCGCCCUCGACGCCUACAACAAAGGCCUGACGAGCAACUUUGCCUUCCGCCUCCUCAAUCCCAGCCCGCUGAAACCCGAUUUUCCCAGAGGCCACCUGAAAUUCCAAAUCAAGGAGACCGUGUGCCCGGUGCCGGGGAACUGCCUGCAGAAGGAGUGUGCCUUCAAAGAGGAUGGGCUGGAGAGAGAUUGUUCCGGAAUCUUCUUCGCCCCGGCCGAAUCCCGGAUCAUGGUCAUCUCCUGCCGCCCCAUUAUCGCUGGCGUUCCCCGCCCGAAAAGAUCCAGCGGCUCUCAGGAGCCGGAUUGGAGCAAAGUUCCCAGCCAGUACAGAGACUUGUAUGAAAAUGCCAAGUACGACAUAAUAGCCAACAUCCUGAGGAACUUCUGA